AUGGCCGCCUCCUCCUGGCCCGCCCUCCGGGUCGCCGCCACCGCCGGCGCGCAUGCGCCCGCCCGUGCGCCUGCGCCUGACGGCUCCGCCGCGAAACGCGCUGCCUGCUUCACGGCGGCGCCCAGCGACCCACCUCCUUCCGGCCCCAAGCUCUGUCGCAAAACGCACCGCCCCCCUCGCUGCCUGCUUUACGGCCGCGCCCAGCGACCCUCCUCCUUCCGCUCCGCAGCAACAGGGGCGCUGAGGGGGCCGUUGGGCGGGUUUGGAGGCGCCAUGGCCUGCCCUUUGAACGGGCCGUUGCCUGCGGGGUUAGGGCGGCUGACACAGUGUGCAGGACUGAACUCUUCAAGUUCCAGUAAUGUUCAAGGAAGGGAGAAGUGCUGCUUCGGUCCCGCUACAGAUGGGGAGCAGCGGCCCGGCCAGGAGUCAGCCCCGUGCGUCCUGAACCAGAUUUCGGUCUCUAACCAGCCUUACCAGAGGCUGGGACGGUGGAUGGAGGACGUGACCGGAGAUCAGGGGGUGUUGAAGGAGAUUAUCCGUGAGGGGGCUGGAGACCUGGUGCCCCCAGACGCUUCCGUUUCAGUAAAGUACGCUGGCUACCUGGAGCACAUGGAUCAGCCCUUUGACACCAACUGGUAUAGGAAGCUCCCUCGGCUGAUGAAGCUCGGAGAAGAGAUCACGCUGGGAGGCAUGGAGGUGGGCCUCCUGACCAUGCGGAAGGGAGAGCUGGCCCGCUUCCUCUUCAAACCGGCCUACGCCUACGGCCGCAUGGGCUGCCCGCCCCUCAUCCCCGCCAACACCACCGUCCUGUUCGAGAUGGAGCUGCUCGACUUCCUGGACUCGGCGGAGGCAGACAGGUUCUUCGCCCUGCCCGUCGAGCAGCAGGACCAGUUCCCACUUCAGCAGGUGCUGAAGGUGGCAGCCACCGAACGGGAGUUUGGCAACUACCUCUUCCGCCAGCAUCGCUUCCAUGAUGCCAAAGAAAGAUACAAGCGGGCCUCCGUGAUCUUGGGCCGCCAGUCGGCCAGCCCCGAGGAGCGGGACCAGGUGGAGGCUGCCAAACUGCUGGUCCUCCUCAACUUGGCUUUCACUUAUCUGAAACUGGAGCGGCCCGCCCGGGCCCUGAUGGUCGGAGAGCAAGCCCUGGCCAUCGACCCGAAGAACCCCAAGGCCCUGUUCCGGUGCGGGCAGGCCUGCCGCCUCAUGACCGACUAUGAGCAAGCCCGCAACUUCCUGGUCCGAGCCCAGAAAGAGCAGCCCUUAAACCACGACAUCAACAACGAACUGAAGCAACUGGCCAGCUCUUACCGGGACUACAUGGAUAAAAAGAAGGAAAUGUGCGCCCGGAUAUUUGCGCCCCUAAACUCCUCCCCAGAAGGACGGGACUAGAGGUGUCCCGUUUGGCAUUUCCGUCUCUCAGCCGUGAGGGAGGAAACGUGGCCCGCUCGGCCGGUGACCGGUGAAAAGCGGCUUCCCUGUUUUGGGCCCGCUUGGCGGCUAAACUGAAGGUUGAUUUGUUCCCGGAAGGUGGCUCUCCGUACCCCCUCCCCAGUGGCCCCCUCCCAGCUCUGCCCGUGGCUGAUGGGACUGGGCACAGAGCUGCAAGCCCAGCUUGCUUUAGGUGUUCCCCCGAGAGUCGCCCUUUAUUUUUAUUUUUUUUUAUUUGGGGGGUAAUUCUGUUUAAUAGUGUUUGUGUUGUAAAGAAAUAAAACCAGUGUUUCCCCGUCCCUGGGAUGCCA